GGGCCGUGGAACGGCGCGCUGCACUCCUAGUACGUGUGGCAUUGGUGCACGUGCCCUCGACGCGGUGACCACAACACGCCAUCAACUGCUGCUGCGAAAAACGAUCGUUUACAGCUCGUGCAGCUUGACUGCCAGCUGGUGCAGCACUGCACUUAACGCCAGCCGAGCGCGCGCUCAAACCUUUCGUGUAAAACAACACACGCACCGCUCCGGGAAGUUUAACGGGCGCAGAACGCCAGCCGACGAUGCGCGGUCCACUAGCGUUAGCAUUGGUCGGCGUGCGCCACGCGACGCGGACGCGCCUCCGCGCCGCCUCGAGUGCCGCAUUGGAGUGGGCCAGCCCCGAGCACCGCCGCAAGCACGCGUCGCGGAAGUGGGGCCGCUUCGACGAAAACUUGAUACCGCUCUGGGUCGCCGACGGCGACGCGCUCGCGCCGUUGCCCGUGCGCGAAGCCGUCGCCGCGGCGUCGAAAGCUGGCAUCUACGGCUACGUCGAUCCCAGUGCGUCUCUACUACAAGCUGUGACAGCAGGCAUGGGUCGCAGUUGGGGCCGGCCCGUCUCUACUGAUUGGGUGCGCUGGCACCCGGGGCUCAUCCCGGCGCUCUACCACUGCGCGCGCCUCGCCGGACCCAAAGGAUGCGUCGUGGUGCCGACGCCGGUCUACCCGCCGUUCCUGAACGCGGCGAAGGACGCCUCGCAGUGUAUUGAAUUGGACCUCGGUAAUGAAGGAGGGCCCCUCGACGAGUCGUUACUGAGAGAGACGCUUGAUAAAGCCGUCGCCACAGCUGAUGGCGAGGACGUGGUCCUGCUCUGGUGCAACCCGCACAACCCUACUGGAAGAGUGUGGCGUCGGCAUGAGAUGGAGGCCGUGGCCCGAGAAUGCGCUUCCCGUAAUGUGAUCCUGGCGUCGGACGAGGUCUGGAGCGGUUUGAUUUUGGACGACGUGCCCUUCACGCCCGCGGGGUUGCUCGACACAGACGUCAGGUUAAUCUCGAUCACGUCCGCCUCAAAAACGUACAACGUGGCGGGUUUGGACGUGGCCUUCGCCGUCGUCGAGGACGAUGUGCUAAGGAGGCGCUACUUCCGCGCGGGCCGCGACCAGGCCGAGCCGUCGCACGCCGGUCUUGAAGCAUUAGGGGCGAUCCUCGACGCCGACGGUGGCGGGCCGUGUGUGCUGACGCCCCCGCGCGGCGCCUGCGAGGCCUGGCGCCGCGCCAUGGUCGACCAUUUAAGGGCGAACCGCGACACGGCCGUCGCUUUUUUGGAGCGCGAGUGCGGCGACCUUCUCACGGUCGCGGCGCCGGCCGAGAGCACCUAUUUACUAUGGCUGGACGCGCGCAAAUUGGGCGCGUCGCCGGGCCUCUUCUUGUCUCAGCGAGGCGUCUACCUGACCGACGGCGCGGCGUUCGGCGCGCGGGGCUUCGUGCGCCUCAACUUCUGCUGCUCGCGCGCCGUGCUCGACGAGGGGCUCGAGCGGAUCAAGGGGGCGUGUGUCGAGGCGAGGAGUAAUUUGUGAC